CAACGUCGCCGCCGCCGCUACGACCCCAUAAUGCAUGUAUGUGCGGUGCGCGUGUGUAUGUCGUACCUGACUAUUGUUUUAAGGGUCACCCAAGUCGUCUUGGCGAGCUCUACAAGACAUUAUGUACAUCCGCAUCAUAAAUCAUCAUGAUAAUAUAAACCAUAAUAUUUUACAUUAUUAAGUUUACAUUGUGUAGUUGUGCGGCUUCGAAAAGACGCGUCUUUUAUACGCCUAAGUAUUAUUGGUACACUUUCCGACUUUAGUAGACAGCCGUGCAGCUCCUCCACGACCUGCCGCGAUGUCGUGGCUGCGAUGAUAACGAGCCGCACAUGGUACAUACUGUAUAGGACUCGUCGUUGUGAAUUAUUAUAAUUAGGUGUCUUCGGUGGAGUUCGAGCGUUUAGCGGUUUCCGAAUAAUUGGCUACGCCACAGUCCUGAUCUUAUAAAUGAUAUAGUAUCUACUACCUAUAUCGUAAUAUUAUUGUCAUCGCAAGUGAAAAAUAACAUGCAGUUAGCUAUAAGUCUGUCAGCUGUUUUAAUAGUGUGCAUGGUGGGUGUGACGCAUAAUUUAGAAUGCGAACAAAAUCAAAAUGGACUGUCCAUGAGCUUUUUUAAGACGAAUGGCGAUCUUCUGUUAACUGGUUUCUUUGAUGUUUAUGACGAGAAAUGUUCGGGCCCCACGUCUACAGGUAUCCAUUCGAUGGAAAUGGUAGCCACCGUCGUACAAAUACUAAAUUCGAUUCAUUACAUCCCAGGCAUAACAUUGGGAUUAACUUUGUACGAAGUGUGUUCGUAUCGAAGUUCAGAUCUCCAAAAAGCAUUGAUAUCGUUCGUUGUCGACAAAGAUUGCAAUAACUCAACAAUACCGAUUGCCAUAUAUACUACUGAAGACAUACGAGCCAAAAUCAGUCCGUCGAUUGGUUUGGACAUACCCAUCGUAACGGCAGGACCUAUUAUUGACGUCGACAUCCAUGCCGAGGCAGCGGUAAAGUUUUUAACCCUAAACAAUAUAAGCGUCGCAGACGUAUUAGUUGCGCAGGAUCUGAAUGUGGCUCAGAGGUUUGAAACCGUUGCCAAAGACAAUAGAUUGUGUUUGAACAGGACAGUCUUGGCUCAUAACUUGGGGGAUUUCAACGACUCCUUGGUAGUCAUUGUCAUGACAAACAGGAAUGUGAUUAAAUCAAUUAUAGAAUCGUCUUCGACCGUUCGUGUAUCUCAUUUCAUUAUAAUACCAUUGGACGGACCGUUACCACCUAAACCAGACUUCAAGUCCGGUUCGUACGUGUUUCAAGCGUACGGCAGUUGUCCGUUCGUCAACAGCAACAACAGCAACAACAGCAAUAGCGGUGUCCCCACCGCAGCCCCGGAACAGCUGCAGGCCGUGUCCACGCAGUUCGUACAGACGGCCGUGGAUGUGCUGCGCGCCGUGGACGCGUACACCGGGAAUGUGGACGACGACGGCGGCGGCGUGGACGAAGAGUGCGGUCGGAACUCGUCCGCGGGACCGUGCGACCCGGCGGCGGGAAACCAGACAGCCACGGGUGCAGGUUAUUACGGCGUCGAGACCGUGGGUCGAGUGCUGGAUAGGCUGCUGUUGCUGGACGGCAGCGGCGGCGAGUACAACGUGACAUUAGUGCAUGUGACUGAAUACGGCGAUGGUGGCCAGACGGUCGGCAGUUACGCGCAGGACUCGAACGGCACUCGCAGGCUGUGGCUGCAGAGCGACGGCAGUGGUCAUCAACCACGGUACUUGGGCGUUUGCGAGGCGAACGGAUCGUGUCCGACGUGCCGGGUAAGACCCACACCGACGGCCGCGCCCGCCGGCCCAUCGUACGGACUGCUUUCUGUGACGUGGAAAGAGGACGUGUGGAUAGCGUCCGCGCUGACCGUGUCGGCGGUGGGCUCUAUAUGCGCCACGUGCAUAGCGUCGUUCGUGUUGGUGCGCGUGUGCAAGAAGGACGUGAUGGAAGGCAACCCCACGUUCUCGUUCGUGUUGGUGGCCGGCACGCUGCUCAUGUACGCCAGCGUCGUACCGUACGCGGUGCACGAUAGCGCCGCCGGUUGGCCGCGGCAAGCCGUGUGCUACGCCAAGCUGUUCGGCACGUCGGGCAGCUGCGCGUUCGUGUUCUCCGCCAUGCUGGCCCGGAGCUUGAUGAUCGCCGCUUGUGACUGCGACUCGAGUUUCAUGAGCCACGUCAACGGCUACCUGCAGACGUCCCUGUUCGCGUUCACUGUGGGCGUGCAGCUGGCGCUCAUGCUUCAGUUCGUGGCCAUACACGCCGCCGUCGUGCCGUCGUCCGAUCUGUGCCAGGUGUUCGUCGACGGUCCCCUGUUUUUGGGAACCAUGUCCUACGACGCGCUGCUGCUGGUGCUCCUGUGCAUCACGUCUCCGUUCGUGUUCCGGUCGAAGCGCAACUACCGAGAGGGCGCGUGUUUCGCUAUCGCCACUUACCUGGUAUUCGCCGUCUGGCUGUGCUGGACCACGGCGUACGCCGUCCUGCCCACGCAGUGGUCCGACAUGUGCGUGAUGGUCGGCCUGACGGCUACCGCGACCGUGAUCGUGGUCACCGUGUUCAUACCGCGCACGUACAUGAUGAUGUUCGGCAUCGUCCGCGAACAGAUAACCAGCUCUCUGCCGUCACUCGGCUACGGUCACAGCGGAGGCGGUGGCUGCGGCGGCGGCGCCAGCAUAACGGACGUCAACUAUAGGUCUACUCAGGCCCUGUACGAUUCGGUCCACGUGGCCGCUCCCAAAUGUCAGUCGUCCAGCUUCAAAGGCCAGUCCAACCCCAACUACUACUCGCCGGCCGGGUCGCAUAUACAGUCGAUCCCCAGGAGCCGGCCGCUGACUCCGGUCGACGAGUACGACUCACCCCCAUCGAUCGACAACAGGAUAACCAGGUUCUAAUAUCCUGCAGGUGCAGCUGCGACCCUCGUCUGGUUAUCCAGCUUUGACGACGUUCGUACGAUUUCCCCCAUAAAUUAUCGAUCCCGAUGUAGGCCUACAACACAUUAUACCACCACCCUCCGUUUGCGACGAUAGACGAUAAUAUUACCUACCUAGGUAGCUGUUAUUAAUAAUUCAUUAUUUUGUCGCAUCCCCCUGUUCGUUUUUAAUUUUUAAUUUGCUAACCGUAUCGAUUAUAUUAUUAUUACCUAUAUCGUAUACUCGCAUGACUAUAGGUACUAUUACCCAUAUAAAGUCUAUAGCUGGGAUUUUAAAAUUAAUUAUUCACUCAAAACGUACUCAUUGUACCACCUUGUAUCUUAGUUUAUGUGUAUUACUUAUAUUGUAUUAAUUGUAUAGAAAUUGUAAAUAUUCGUUUAACAAUGACCAAAAAUCAAACUUUGAUUACAAAUUUAAACUAUUUAAUUUCUUGUUUAUUAAAUAUGUGAUUUCAUGCAAUUACCUAGAAAUAUGUAACUUAUAUGAAAAAAAUAUUAAGAAAAUAUUAAGAAAAAAAUUAACGCGACUGACGGACUGAACGCAUAACGAAACUUCAAAAUAUUUAAUUCGAAAUAUUCUAAAUCAAGUGUAAGAUUAUGCAUUUAUACAUACACAAAUCCGGGACCUACUGCCUACUAUCAUAACAUUAAUAAUUUGUCAAGUUAUUUUAUGGUUUUAAAAUGUACAUCAUAUUAGGUACAGUGUAUAAGCACCUACUAAUUAGAUAAUUGUCUCAUUGCCUUUGCAUAAUAAAAUUACUAUAGUUUCCUAACCUGGUCCUCGUUUUAAUAUGACUCCUGCUUUUAUAUUACUAUAUAAUCAAUGAUGUAUUGUAUAGUGUUAGUUUGUAUUCAUAUUUAAUAUGUAUACAUUGUAUUAUUAUGUAGUUGAUUAGCCAGAUAAUUGACAGUUUUUAAUCAUUUAAAAAAUGUUAUUUUGUAUUUUUUUUCUCAAUAUGAUGAAAUUAUUAGUAAAACAAUUACUGAAUAUUGCAAUUCUGAGUACCAAAUGACGCGAAAAAUAGCGUUAGGUUUUAGUAUAACUGUAUAUUGUACAUAUUAUAAUAUAUUAAUGUAUACAUAAAAAUUCGUUUUAAUCGAAAUAGAAUAAAUUGUUCUAGGUAAUAUUUUCUUAC